AAGCUGUCGGGACUCUGAUGUGAGGUGAACCUGCGUCGGUGGCGUGGGUCGCUUCCAAGUUGCUAACUUUUAACACUUUUAUGAUCUAGCCAUGAAAAAGGUUGAUUAAUGACCCGCUCAAUGAGUGCCCACUGUCGGAUACAGUUUUAUAAAUUAUUCGCUUGACACCGAAUUCGCCGAGUUUGAGUCUCCAGUUUCCAGGUGAACCAUGAGCGCGGUCCGUCGAGGAGGAUUACCGGAGUGACGGGAGGCGACAUGCCCCGCUGGGACGUGCCUGUGACCGGGGAGGCUUAUGGAAUAUAGCCCGCCGCGUCCCAGCCCGUGUUGCCGUUUCCCCGGCGCCGUCAAGAAGAAGGCGCUCCUUCUCAGCAUCAUGCUCUUCAUCUGGAUGUUCGUGCUCUACUCCUGCGUGGGUCCCUGCUCCACGGGAGUGCUGCUCGACUCGCCCCGGGACCGGGACCGAGACCGCGACCGGGACGGCUCCGAGCGCGCCGACCUGCUCUCCCGGCUUCGGUGGGAGGACGUGGACUACUACGAGGAACCGGCGGCCGCCCGCGGCGCCGCGUCCCGGGACUUGCUGCUCACCGACGCCGCCCCGGAGCCCAGCGCCAUGUCGAGCUUCUCCAACGGCGCCGGGAGCAAGAAGCUGCCCCAGGCGAUCAUCAUCGGGGUGAAGAAGGGAGGCACCCGGGCGCUGCUCGAGUUUCUGCGGGUACACCCGGACAUCAGGGCCGUGGGGGCCGAGCCGCACUUCUUCGACCGCAACUACGACAACGGCCUGGAGUGGUACAGGGAUCUGAUGCCCAAGACCCUAGAGGGCCAGAUCACCAUGGAGAAGACCCCCAGUUACUUUGUGACCAAAGAGGCGCCCGCCCGGAUCUCGGCCAUGUCGCGAGACACAAAACUGAUCGUGGUCGUGCGAGACCCGGUCACCCGAGCCAUCUCGGACUAUACGCAGACGCUGUCCAAGAAGCCGGACAUUCCGUCCUUCGAGAGCCUCACCUUCAAGAACAGGACUACGGGGCUCAUUGAUACGUCUUGGAGCGCCAUCCAGAUCGGUAUCUACGCCAAGCACCUGGACAACUGGCUGCAGUACUUCCCCAUGGAGCAAAUCCUGUUUGUGAGCGGCGAACGGCUCAUCAGCGACCCGGCCGGCGAGCUGGGGCGCGUGCAGGACUUCCUGGGCCUCAAGCGCAUCAUCACUGACAAACACUUCUACUUCAACCAGACCAAGGGCUUCCCGUGCCUCAAGAAGGCCGAGGGGAGCAGCAAGCCCCAUUGCCUGGGCAAAACCAAAGGGCGCACCCACCCCGACAUCCGCCCCGAGGUGGUGCGCCGCCUCCGAGACUUCUACCGGCCCUUCAACAUGAAGUUCUACCAGAUGACUGCGCACAACUUUGGCUGGGAUUGAUGGGAGGGAAAGACUUCUUUAUCUGUAUUUUUUAUUAUUAUUACUAUUAUUAUUAUUAUUAUUAUUAUUGUCAUCCCUGUAAUUGAAUGGUAAAAUGUGGAGCUAUUGCUAUAUAUAUAUAUCUGUAUAUAUAUAGAUAUAGGUAUCUAUAUAUAUAUGUAAAAUGUACAGAAAUCUAUUUUAUAAUAAUUUAUUUUUAUUUCCAAGCAAUUAAUUCACUAAGCUGCCUAACCCUAGUUUUCAUAACAUCUGGCUUUUUUUUUUUUCUUUUUAAUGAACAUUCCUCGUGUCCAUUGGGCUAGCGUUUAGUCCUGCAGUCCAGUUGAGAACGUUACCGGUACAAAGAGCUCGCCGAGGUUUCCUUACUGUCGUUAUAAUUGCUACUACCGCUGCAAUUGGUUCCAUUGUUACUGUCGGUACUGUCGGUACUGUCACUGCUAGCGCUGUUAUCGCCAAUGACAUUAGUUUUGCUGCUAUCGCUACUAACACUACUACUGUCAUUGUAAUUGCUAGUAUUGCGUACAACGAUAGCGCCGCUAAAACUAUUACAUUGGAUACAACAGCUACUAGUGACUGUAGUUUCUUUACUAUUGCUAGUAUCUCUAGUAUUGCACUAUUAUUGCUACCAUUGUCAUAAUUGUUAGUAUCAUUACUAAUGAUCCUAUCACUAGUAAUGCUACUAGCAAUAGUAUCACUUCUGUUGUUCCGAUCUCUACUUUUCCGACUUUUGUUAGGACUGCAAAUUGAAGCAGCUAUUGCUACUUUUGGUAGUAUUGCUACCAUAGGCAUUAUCAGUACUACCAUGGGUAUCACUACUGUCAUGAUUGCUAGUACCGCUCCGAUCAUUACAAUCACGAGUAUCGCCAAAAUAGUUUCUAUCAUUAGUUUUGCCACUUUAGGUACUAUCACUACUAGCACGAUGUCACUAAUAUGGCUAGUAAUUAUACCAAUGCUCGCAUUGCUAGUACCACUUCUAGAGUUGUCAUCGCUUAAUAUCACAUUUAACAAUCUUAUUGCUACUGUUCCAACUGCUAGUAUUGCGACUAUCGCAUUUGUCCUCCAAGUUAGCUAGCAGCUAACGCUACCUUCCCAAAAGCCAACAUGCGGAAUAACUGGACAGAUUAAUCCUCAAUGUGCGCUUAAAGAAUAAAUGCUACUUUUGCAUUUUUAAGAUUCUUUUUCCCCACUUGCCACUGCCGACACAAGCCAACGAGCCUCUCAAACGUUUUUGACGUUAUGCUAAUGGCACAAUGCAACUAAUGAAUAAAUUGAUUUCCAUCUGCCCUUUUUUGUUUGAAGUUUUCAAACCAAUGCAUAUUGGGGAGGCUAAACUAGGUUAGCAUCCAACAUACACGUUUUAUGCCUUGCUAACAAACCCCUCACGCGUCUCAUGACAUCUGCAUAACUUUCUGCCAAAAACAUUUUUCACGUAUCCUGCGUAUAUCUUUUUUUUUUCUACUUGAAUUGUUGAUAUGCAAGAAGGUUAAUAACGUGCGGUGGUUGUUCUGUUUUUUUUUUUUUUUUUUGACCAUACAUUGGCAGACGUCACGUAAUAAAACGUGAGGCCUGAAUGUAGCAAAAAAAAAAAAAAAAGCUUUGUUGUUGUGCCUCUUAAAAUUAUACAAUUCCUCACCUCUGACUGCUUGUUGUCUCGGUUUCGUUGCGCUUUCUCAAUUCCAACGUGCGCGUUCACAUUUUGUUCCCUUGGUGCAAUGUUUGAAGAAGCAUUUACAGUUCUGACAUUCUGCGAAGAGAGACUUUCACGUUUUUUGAUGGGGAGGGUCCAAGCGUGACCGCCGCAAUCAUGCGAAACAUGAGAUUAAAAAAAAAAAAUUACCCUGCGCUCCCGACUGCAGUUUUUAUACGGUUGAGUUUUAUUCAACCUGACUUCGUUUCUUUGUUUUACCCACGACACGUGUGAUGCGGAGGCUCUCGAAACUUUUUUUUUUUUUGGGGGGUGCUUGAAUUUUACACACCAUGCAAAAUGCAGCAGCCAUUUCUAGACAAAUACUAAACAUUCAUAAUAUUUCUUUAUAUGAAGAAAUAAAUGAGUAUAUAUUUUACCAAACUCUUGUGCUG